AUGCACGCUCAUCUGCUGCUGGUUCUUCCGUUUCUCUACCUCGGGCUUCAAGUCCUUCUCAAGCUCAGCAGAGCUAUCUUCUCCCCGUUAAAGGGUAUCCCCGGCCCAUUCUGGACUCGUUUCACCUCUCUAUGGUAUUUCGACCGAUGUCGGAAAGGACGAUUUGAACGCGACAACAUCGAACUCCAUCAAAAGUAUGGCCCGAUCGUCCGUAUCUCCCCAGAUCAUUAUAGCAUCAGCGAUAUAUCCGACAUCAAGAUAGUCUAUGGACCUGGCUCCAAGUUUCCUAAGUCUGCGUGGUAUGACGGAUGGAGACAUCCUCAGCAGUGGACUAUAUUCUCGGAUCGCGAUAUUAAGAGACAUUCUGAAAACCGCAAGAGAUUCACCGGAUUGUAUUCUAUGAGCUCAGUAGUCAAUUACGAGCCCUUUGUGGACCGAUGCAUCGAUAUAUUUUCCCAACGAUUCAACGAAUUUGCGGAUCGUAAUCAGGUCUUCGAUCUCGGGCACUGGUUCCAGUGCUAUGCGUUCGACGUGAUUGGGGACAUCAGUUUCGGUCAGAGAUUUGGAUUCUUGGACCACGGCAAUGAUAUCGACGGCGCCAUCGAGGCAGUACACCAGAUGUUGGUCUACAGUACCCUAGUCGGCAUCUACCCCGAAUGGCAUCAACGUCUCUUUGAGACUCUGAGCAAAUUCAAAAGCUCUGGAGCGGCUGGCAGAGCCUAUAUAGCCAAGUUUGUUCGAGAGAAAAUUAGCCUCUUGGAGCAAGAGCGCAACAACGUGGAUAAACCGACAACAGAAACCCCUAAGACUCAAGACUUUUUGACUAAGAUGAUGAAGGCUCGCGACGAAAAUCCAGAGAAGGUAACAGACUACCAUCUAUUUAUCAUGGGCCAGUCAAAUGUAGCGGCUGGAUCCGAUACCACAGCUGUCAGUCUGUCCGGUAUAAUGUGGUAUCUCCUGAACAGCCCAGAGGCACUGCGCAAACUACGUGACGAGAUUCAUGAGUUCACCCAGCAGGGCCGCUGUAGUGUCAACAUAACCUUCAAUGAAACACAGGAGAUGCCCUACCUCCAGGCAGUCAUGAAGGAAGCUCUCCGUUUGCAUCCAGCUACCGGCCUACCCAUGUGGCGAGUAGUCCCUGUCGGAGGGGCACUGCUGAGAGGUCAAUUUUUCCCCGAGGGAACGGUAGUUGGAGUAAAUUCCUGGGUUGCGCAUUACGAUGAGCAAGUGUUCCCUGACCCAAUGGUUUUUCGACCUGAACGGUGGCUGGAGUCAGAGACUGAACCGGAGAAGCUGAAGGAGAUGAACCAGAUGUAUAUGCCGGUAAGUUUGAACAGUCCUGGAGGCUACUCUUUCCAGUUUGAUGUCUCUACUGGUGGCAUAUUGACUAAAAACGACCAACAGUUUGGUUUGGGCUCGAGAACGUGUCUUGGAAAGCAUAUCUCUAUUCUAGAGAUGUCUAAGUUGAUUCCCCGUAUAGUGCGCGACUUUGAUUUGACGCCGUUGCGAGCAACCAUGGCUACUUCGAACUUUUGGUUUGUGAAGCCGACAGACUUUGAAGUGCGCGUGUCUCGGCGAGUUUAG